GAAACAAACAGCGCGCUCUCUCUCUCUCUCUCUCUCGAUCUCGAACCCUAGACGCUCCGCCCCUCCCUCUCCGUCCAUGCCCGUGACCUCCGGGCUUCGCCGUUGAUUCUCGUAGCUCAUCGCCGCCCGAUCGAUUCCCUCGGAGGAAGAAAAGGUCGCUCCUUUACACCGGCGAAUCUCAGCGAAUCCAGAAAUGGCGGCCCCCUCGAUGACAAGCACCGUCUACCUCCACGUCAUCGAAGACGUCAUCAGCAAGGUCCGGGAUGAGUUCGUCAACAACGGCGGCCCUGGCGAGGAGGUCCUCAACGAGCUUCAAGGGAUUUGGGAGACGAAGAUGAUGCAAGCGGGUGCUGUUCUCGGUCCAGUGGACAGGUCAGUCGCCACGAAGCCUCCACCAGGUGGUGCAACUGCUCCUGUUCAUGACCUCAAUGUACCUUACGAGGUGACAGAAGAGUUCGAAACUCCCACAACUGACAUACUCUUUCCUCCAACGCCAUUGCAAACUCCCAUUCCAACCCCGCUACCUGGGACUGUAGAUAGCUCGAUGUACAACAUUCCAACUGGAUCUUCUGAUUACCCUACUCCUUCAAAUGAUGGUGUUGGCAAUUCUGGUGGCAAUACUGACAUAAAAGCUGGGAGACCCAGCCCUUACAUGCGUCCUCCCUCACCUUGGAUGAAUCAAAGGCCCCCCUUGGGUGUCGAUGUAAAUGUUGCCUAUAUGGAGGCUAGAGAGGAUGGGGACAGAGGAACUUCUAAUCAGCCCCAUACACAAGAUUUCUUCAUGUCCUCUGGAAAGCGAAAACGUGAGGAUUUGGUUCCCCGCUAUCAGAAUGGUGGAUAUAUACCGCAGCAGGAUGGAGCUGGAGAUGCUGUAUUUGAGGAUUCACAGAUCACAGAGAAGACGACUGUUCUUUCCACUACAGACACCAGAAAUAGGCAAAUGCUGGCACAUGUGGGAAGGCCGCUGUCAAAGAUACCUCAAGUAGAUGGGCAAACUCCUGAUCCUUAUGACGAGAUGCUUUCUACUCCCAAUAUUUACAAUUAUCAGGGAGUCGUGAAUGAAGAUUACAACAUUGCUAGUACACCAGCUCCAAAUGACUUACAGGCAGCUACUCCUGCUAUUGGAGUUCAUAAUGAUGUUGGAGACGAUGAAGAUGAAGAUGAGCCACCGUUGAAUGAAAAUGAUGAUGAUGAGGAUGAUCUAGAUGAUGUGGACGAGGGGGAGGAGCUAAAUACCCAGCACCUAGUUCUAGCUCAAUUUGACAAGGUGACACGGACGAAGAGCAAGUGGAAGUGCACACUUAAGGAUGGCAUAAUGCAUAUAAACAAUAAGGAUAUCCUUUUCAAUAAGGCAACGGGAGAGUUCGACUUCUAAUGAUGUUCGACUAUUAUCAGUUCUGCUGUGUAGCAGGAAUUUACUUGGAAGAGACCAAUCGAGAUAUGUAAUUGGUGUUACGUAUUUUUCCCCCUUCUAUCGAUUAUUAUGGUUCUUAGGUGAGAGAGUGAGGGAAGUGAGGUUGAGGCCAUCAAGCCUCGGUUGGAUGGUUUGGCCAGUUGUACAUAAUGAAAGAGUUCUUAUUCUAUUUUUUUUUUAACCCUUAUUGGCCUUUAAAUGGACGGUCAAAUUCACGACUCUUUUGGGAAUUUUUCCAUUUCCCUAAUGAAGUGCGAUCCCAGCAUCUUAUGUAACCUGUACUUUGGACUUUCCAAGACUUUUAUGUAAUCUGUUUUGAUUGC